AUGCGCGAUUUAUGUGAUAACUACGCAAUAGAUGACUGUAUUGGAAGGGGUAACUUUGGUGAUGUAUACCGUGCAAUUGAUAGAACUACGUCAAAGGUGGUCGCUAUCAAAGUUGUCAAUCUUGAACAGACCGAUGACGAAAUCGAAGUUCUUGUCCAGGAGAUUACUUUUUUGUCGCAGAUGCGUUCACCUUAUAUUACACACUACUAUCAGACGUUUGUCAGUGAUGUGAGCAUGUGGAUUGUGAUGGAAUACUGUGGUGGUGGUUCUUGUGCUGACUUGUUGAAGUGCCAUAAACAUUUGAGUGAAGAACUGACUAGUUUUAUCAUCAGGGAAACUUUAAAAGGCUUGGAAUAUUUACACAGUGAGAAAAAGGUACACCGUGAUAUCAAAGCUGCAAACAUUCUUUUGACUGCGGAUGGACAAGUAAAGCUUGCAGAUUUUGGUGUUUCUGGUCAGAUCACUCCAACUCAACUUCGGAAGGAUACAUUUGUCGGUACGCCAUUUUGGAUGGCUCCUGAGAUUAUCACCAGAAAGUGUGGAUACAAUGAGAAGGUUGAUAUCUGGUCCUUGGGAAUAACAACUAUUGAAUUGGUGUCUGGUGCUCCACCUUAUGCUGACUAUGAGCCUAUGAAAGUUUUGUUUCAAAUACCGAAGAAUCCAUCACCUGUAUUGACAGGUUCCAACUACAGUGAACACAUUAAGGAAUUUGUCAAGCUUUGCCUCCUCAAAAACCCACAGAGCAGACCCUCUGCUACUGCUUUGUUGAAGACAAAAUUCAUCAAAAUAUGGAGGAAAAGUACACCAUUAGUCCCAUUAAUACAAGCCAAAGAUGAAUGGAUAGCUGAGAACAAACCAAGAUCGAAAAGGCCACGAUAUAAUUUGAGUAACAAAUUGUACUCUCAAAGCCCUGCAACGUUGAAGUGGAAUUUCACUGACAAGAAAAAGCUGGUUUCAGUGUCACCAAUUGGGCUAGUCGAAGGAUGUGGAGAUCAGUACAAGUGUAUUUCAACUGAAGAAUCCGAUAAAUGCCAAUCUCUGGAAACAUUUUCUAGUCCAUUGAUGAAGUCCACGGAAACUGGUGUAACUUCUCCCGAUAACAAACCAAUCGCUCAUGAGACCACAACUGUAGGGGACUCCCAGACUUUAGAGAAGAAACCCCUUGAUUAUUUAAACGAAGUUAUGAUGUACUGUUUCAAGAGAGUCCACCAUAGAGCCAAGACAAGUGAUACAAAACUUGCAGUUUCUUCGUUACUGAAGCAGUUGGUUGUGACUGAACGUGUCCAGCCCGGGUUAGCAGAGCUGUUAUGCGAAGAGAUCUGGUUACGGAUGUUACGCCUUCAAAGCAAUAUGGAUUGCCAUAGUUAGGUUUCAAGCAUUGAUCCUCGUCGACGAUAUAUGAUUUGCUACUAUGAAUCGUUUCUUAAUACUGAUGACAAACAAUAUUCGAUUUCUUUAAUGAUAUAUUAAUUGUGAUAUGAUUUAUAUAUAUAAUGACUGAAUAUGUAAGCGGAAGUAU